CGCCAACAGACAGUAACUGCUGCACUGUGCAGUGAAACAGAACCUAAACCCAUUAAUCCUUGACUGAUCCUCGGCUACAGGUUCUCAUACCACUUCCUUCAAAGAAAACUUAAAGAAAACCCAGUAGGCUGGCUCUGACACUGCCCGUUGCUGGGGCAGGUACAGAGUAAACCAGGAAGCACCAGUUGUAGUUUUUGAACCCACGGCAAACCAUUUGCUGGGGCGUCUUACGGGAGGAAUAAAUAAUAACUUCUCUUCAUAGAAAUUAAGGAUGAAGGGACACUCAGAUUGUUCCUUUUAAAGGGGACCGAUGAUGCAAAAUUCCCUUUUUAGACAUUCUGGAGCAUUCCUAUGACUCUAUGCGUCACACACACUGAGCACGGUAGAAGUGCUUUUCCUCAUUUAUUUAUAUUUUUUGCCACAUUUUGCGACUUUAUCCAGCGAAGAGACACAUCAUUCUGUUUUGAUACUGUGCCUCCCACUUUUGUCACGGGAGGCAACUCCUCCCUGCAAAUCCUAAACCACCACCCCCAUGGAUGAUACAGAACCAAAACUGUAUUUACGCCAUUAUCUCCCUCCCACUCACAUGAACAGAUGAAAUAGACACCAAAGUCUAUUCACUCUACCAAGGAUCAACAUGUGAGGACUUUGUGUGUUACUUUUAUUUUUAACGGACCAGUUUCUGCAACACUACCUCAGCAUUUGUAUUUAUGUGAACUUCAUUUCAUCUUGGACUGCUUCGAGAAUGAGGGUGCUACAAUGCUGCGUUUGCUUCACGGCUCCUGUUGAAGAAAGUAUCUGUUCCUACAGUCCGUCACCUACUCGCAGCAGGGGGCUCAUCCCAGUUACCCAAUGGGCAAAGAGGUUGUCAAACAGAAACAACUGUAAACUGUUGAGUAGACAUCUGCUACUCAGUGGAGUGAAGGAAGUCGGGCCUACGUCUUGUUGUCUCUCAGCCAGCAGGACGGCAUAGAGCAACACAUGGACUUUGACAAUCGCUACACUCUGCUGGAGCUGUUUGCUGAAACCACGUCAUCAGAGGAGCACGGCAUCUCCUUCGAGGGGAUUCACCUGCCUCAGAUUCCUGGGAAACUGUUGUUUUCCCUGGUGAAGCGUUAUCUGUGUGUCACAUCUUUAAUGGACAAACUCAACACAGCGGGGACAGAGUCGACCCUAGACAGACAGGAUGCCAGCCCCUCCCCCUCCUCGUCUAAUACCACCCACCAGACGGAGCUGCUUCGUUUGCAGCGCGAGUUUGAUUUUACCAUGGCAAUGGCCAACCUGAUCGCAGAGCUGGUUCGGGUGAUGGGCUGGGACAGGAAUCGCCAACUCCCCGAUGGCUCCACACAGUGUCCUGGAAGCGGUGGGGUCUGUGAAGAGGACCAAAAAGAGAUGUCCCACCCAGUCCUCAGGUCAAUUUUCCAACCUCGAUUCUGUGCCUCCCCCAUUGUCCUCAGCACCAGCGCCACAGUUGCAGCUCCCCCAGCCACACCACCAAAGAAGAAGACAGGAAACGGAUUUAAAACGCGGUCCGACUUUGCCAGCCGAUCUGCGUAUGUAGAAUAUGUGCAGGACAGCCUGAAGAACGGCAUGAUGGUCCGUAUGCUGGAGGACUACGAGGAGGUGAGUGCCGGGGAUGAAGGAGAGUUUCGCUACAGCAACGACGGCUCCCCACCUGUUCAGGUUUACUGGAACUCCCUGUCCAGGACGUACUGGGUCCACUGGCACAUGGUUGAGAUACUGGGCAGCUGCAGCAGCAGCCAAGCAGAGAAAGACACGCAGGAGAAAGCCUCAUCCUUGACAGAGACACUAAAACUCACUGCUGUCAGUCAGACCUUCUUCUCAAAGCCGCCUGGUGGUCUCUACUCUCUGCCUUACCUUUCAAAGGGGCCGGAGUCAGAGCCUGCAACUCUGAGCAGAGCUGAGUGGUGGGAGAUCCUGUUCUUCAUUAAAAAGCUGGAUCUAAAACAGCAGCAAGAGGUCAGCAGUAUCUUGGUGCAGAGCCUAGAAGUCCAGGACAGGGAGCUGGACGAGUCGUCUCUGAUCAGCCUCUCUCUCCCCGGGGAUGUGGCAAUGAAACUCCUCCACUACCUAAAGCAGAAGCUGCCUUCGUCGUGUGUGAGCGAUCUGCUCUGCUCCCACGCCUUCUGCAAACACUACCUGAGGAGAGGAGGAGGGUGCCUUGAGGACGAGGAGCUGCUGGCUGACAACUCUCUGAAUUCUUCUGGUCUGGGAGGAGAGGGAGGGCAGAGCUCCUCGUCUUCAUCCUCGUCGGUCUCUGCCUCAUUUUCUCCAGUGCUGGGCUCUGUCUCAAAGAAAGCAAAGAAGGAGAUUCCUGCAGAUUCAGGCCUUGGCAGCUCAGAGACUGAGAGCGAGCUGCCAACAGAAAUUGAGCGCAAAUACCCAGAUGACCUGGAAGAUAAGAUGAAAGUGUUUAACAACCCGCGGGUCCAGGGAAGGAAGAGUGUAUUGGAGAAACUGGGUGAGGUGGUGGACAUCCUGAAGAAGGGCGGCUCGGGUUCCGAACAACAGCUGGCUGCUGUUCUUUUCAUCACCAGGUUGCUGGAGGAGAAGGGGGCCCAGGAGAAAAACUCCAUGAGGAGCGACUCUGCUCAGACCAUACGGGACAAAGUGGUGAAGAUGCUAGUAGAGCUGCUGGGCUCCUCUUCCAAAGACUUGGUGAUAAGCACCCUGGGACUCACCCAUCUGCUUAUGCUCAGAUAUGAGUGGAGGGUGUCCUUUGCCACUGAGGGAGGGGUGAAAGCCGUCCUGUCCUGCAUGCAGGAGUUCUCUACUGUCACUCAGGUCCAGCAGCUGGCACUCGCGACAUUGAAGGUCAUCACCGGAGCCAGUAAACAUGAUCUCCGCAGUGUCGGCAGCAGUCUGCCUCUCUCAGAGUCUGGCACUCAGAUGAUGUUAGAGAUCUUCGCCAGCAUUGGCUCAGCAACUCCUGAAGGCUCCAAAGGCCUGUUGGCGGCCAUCCCAGGGGCCAUCGACCUCAUGCUCAAAACUAAAGGCUGCAUGUUGUCGGUACGUAAUGGCCUGCUGGUCGUCAUCAUGCUCAUCUCCAGCCAUAAGAGCCUGGCAGAGCAGCUGGUGGCCUGUGAUGUCACCACCGUCCUCAAACGGUGUCUGACUCUUUCAAGAGCUGAGACCAUGUUGGCAAUCAUUGCCCUCAACCACAUAUCCAUGGUGCACAAGCUGGAGAGCAAAGAGAGUCAUGAGGCUCUGGACUUUAAGGACACGGAGCUGCGCAUGUUGGUGGUGAGUCUAAAGGAGGUAACAGCCACCAAGGAGGUGAUCCAGACUCUGGAGCAGCUGCUGUGUGAUGACGCCUCACAGCUGGAGGAGGAACGCAGCCAGGUGACCCACAGUCGGGACACCUAUCAAGAUCUGCUUCGACUAAUGGAGCAACAUCGAGCUGACCGGGCUGUCCAGCUGUCUAUCCUCAGGAUCCUGAACAAGUUUCUGGACAACUACCAGGAAGACGUGAUGCCGUGGCAUGAAAGCAUCGAGCCCUGCCUGUCGUCCAUGAUGGCCUUCGUCAGUGACAGAGAAGUGGUCCAGUUGUUUAUCCGCUUCCUGUACCGGCUGGCCUCUCUGAACAAAGAUUACGCUGUCGUGAUGUGUCGACUGGGGACCAAAGAGGCUUUGGUGAAAGCUCUGGACAAACACAGCACCAACCUGCUGCUGGUCACUGAGCUUCGAGAUCUCAUCACUGACUGUGAGAAAUAUGCCAGUCUGUACAAGAAGAUGACCACCAGCGUCCUGGCAGGCUGCAUCCAGAUGGUGCUGGGUCAGAUCGAGGAGCAUCGUCGCAGCCAUCAACCAAUCAACAUACCCUUUUUCGACGUGUUCCUCAGGAAUCUUUGCCAGGGUUCCAGUGUGGAGCUGAAGGAGGACAAGUGCUGGGAAAAGGUGGAAGUUUCAUCCAAUCACCAUCGAGCAAACAAACUGACCGACAAGAACUCCAAAACCUACUGGGAGUCCAAUGGCUGCACCGGCUCACACUUCAUCAACAUUUACAUGCACAAAGGCGUUGUCAUAAGACAACUGGCUGUACUUGUGGCCAGUGAAGACUCGAGCUACAUGCCGGCCCGUGUCCUGGUUCUGGGAGGAGAUGACCCCACAAACAUCAACACAGAACUGAACACAGUGAACGUGGCCCCAUCAGCCAGUCGGGUGGUUCUGCUAGAAAACAUGACGCGAUUCUGGUCCAUCAUCCAGAUUAGAAUCAAACGAUGUCAGCAGGGUGGUAUUGACACCCGAGUCCAUGGUUUCGAGGUUCUAGGUCCGAAGCCCACCUUCUGGCCUGUGUUUAAGGAACAGCUGUGUUGUCGGACCUACCUGUUCUACAGCACCAAAGCCCACACUUGGUGUCAGGAGGUAACCGAGGACAAGACGCAGCUGCUACAGCUCUUCAACAAGCUCAACAGUGCUCUGAGACAUGAGCAGAUGUUUGCAGAUCGUUUCCUGCCUGACCCUGAAGCAGCUGAAGCUCUGGGCCGAACCUGCUGGGAGGCUCUGAUCACUCCCAUCGUCCACAGCAUCACCCUGUCUGAAUCCUCAGCAUCCAGCCCUCUGUCCUGGCUGCUGAGCGAAUACCUGGACAAUGCCGAGGCUGCUCGCCGCUGUAAGAGCCGGGCUGCCAUCUUCAACUCCAGAGUGAGACGCCUCACACACCUUUUGGUCCAUGUGGAUACCAGCCGACUGGACAACGAUGAGCUCAAACCGCCAGUCAAAUCCAAUGGUAAGGAGGGUAAAAACAAAGAAACAACCACUUCUUCAUCGUCAUCUUCCUCAUCCAAGUCUAAAGUGAAGAGCAGCAGCAGCAUCGGAGGCAUUGCCCUCUGUUGGCAGGGAGUGGUACAGCAGCAGGUGAGGAGGUUUCUGGAGUCCAGCUGCAGCCUGGCAGACUUCGUUGAACGGUACCGGACCCUGUACCUGCGGCUGAAGAAUGCCAUGGAGGAGCUGUUUGGGCAGCAGACGGCCUUUGUCCUCGCACUUCGACACGGUUUCUCUUCAGCACUGCUGCAGCUCUCUAUUCUCAGAGCCAUGCAUGUGAGCGAGCGUUUCGCUCAGUACAUCGAUCAGAAGAUCCAAACCGGUGGAGCGGCCUCUGGCACUGCAGUGACUCUGGAGCAACUGCAGCAGUUUUUGGAGCCCAUGCUCUUCCUGUCCGGCCUGGAGCUUGCCAGCACCUUCGAGCACUUUUACAGGUACUACUUGGGCGACCGUCUGCUGGCUCAGGGCAAUGUGUGGCUGGAGAGUGCUGUGAUCGAUCAGAUUGGCAGCUGCUUCCCAAGUCGCUUUCCUCAGCAGAUGUUGAAGAACCUGAGCGAGUCAGCCGAGCUCCAGCAGGAGUUCCACCUGUACCGCCUGCAGCAGCUGGACAGACGCCUGCAGGAGCACGACCAGAUGAUGGACGACGAGUGGCCAGAGUCAGACGAGGAGGCAGAACUCCAGGUUCUGGUUCUGUCCCCACGCUGCUGGACCGUCUCUUCAUUCUGCUUUCUUGAUGACCCUAGGAAAUAUUUUCCAGUUGAAGUCUGUUCCUACCUGAACCAGUUCACCCAGUUCUACACUCACAGUCAGUCCAUGUAUGGGCUGAGUCACUCCAAACCACGGCGGCUGCAAUGGACGUGGCUCGGCCAUGCUGUGCUUCAGUUUGGUUGUUGGACGCUGCAUGUCUCUACCUUGCAGAUGUUCAUCCUACUGCAGUUUAACAGCCAGGAGGAGGUUAGAGUGGACGCUCUGCUUCAGGCCACAGGUCUGUCUGCUGCCGUCCUGCUGCACGCUCUGACUCCGCUCAUCAGGGAGGGAGGACUGCUGACCUGCAGCCGGCCCACUGAUCCCAGCCAGGGUGUCCUCCAGUUGAACCAGCAGACAGUGGCUCACAGUCUAAAUGGUACUGUGACAUCAGUCCAGCUGCUGCCAAGCCAGACGUACCUGAAUGUGGACGAAGACGCAACUGGCACGCUGGAGAGGAAGAGGAAUUACAUUUACUGUGUAAUCGUCCACAUCAUGAAGGAAGAGAAGGAGAUGCACAUUGACAAUCUUGUUUUCAAGGUUCUGGACUCCUGUCAGAGACAGGAAGCGUCUCGGUCUCCAGGCACUGGCCGAGUCAGCUGCAGCACAAGUGAUGUGCUCUCUUGCAUCAUGCACGUCGUAAACAAAGGCUGCAUUCGCCGCAACGACGACAACCCACACAUUGUGGAGUUUCUCCCCGAGGACCCAUCCACGCCGCAGAAAGGCCAGGCCCAGUUCUCCUUCAGUCGCACUGAGAUCAGGAAGGACGCUGCCGCCACCGACAGCAGUCUGGGUCCUCCACUGCAGCGGUUGGAGGAUGGGGUCCUGGAUGGGGUUUUGUUAUCAAUGGGUCGGACAAUGACGCAGGAGGAAGUUCGCCAGCUGAUGAAAAGGACAGUCCAACAGGUUUCAGGGACACUUAGCCUGGACCCUGAUCGAGCUGAGCACUUGCUGAUUCACUGCAAGUGGAACGUGGACCUGCUGGUGCAGCGGUACACAGAUGACCCAGACACCCUUAUCAUGGCCGCUGGACUAAAGUGCCAAAACCCUCAACCUCCACCGAGCCCAGCCUCGACCUGCCCUGUGUGCCUGGGUCCCCAGACUCCCUUCCUAGAACCAGUCCCCCUGCUGAGCUGCAUGCACUACUGCUGCAGGUCUUGUUGGCAGGAGUACCUGACGGCCCGGAUUGAGCAGAACCUGGUCAUGAACUGUAACUGUCCAAUCACAUACUGUCUGGCUCAGCCCACCUCGGCUUUCUUCCUCAACAUUCUUACAGACAAGGACACCAUCGCAAAGUAUGAGAACGCCUCGCUCCGAGGUUACGUGGAGUGCUGUUCCAACCUGACGUGGUGCACCAACCCUCAGGGCUGUGAUCAGAUCCUGUGUAAGGAGAACAUGGGCAGCAUGGGAACCUGCUCAAAGUGCUGCUGGUCCUCCUGCUUCAACUGCAACUUCCCAGAGGCUCACUACCCUGCCAGCUGCAGCCAUAUGUCUCAGUGGAUGGAUGAUGGAGGAUAUUAUGAAGGGAUGAGCAUGGAAGCUCAGAGCAAACACCUUGCCAAGCUGAUCUCCAAACGCUGCCCAAGCUGCCAGGCUCAGAUCGAGAAGAACGAGGGCUGUCUGCAUAUGACUUGUGCCAAGUGUAACCACGGUUUCUGCUGGCGGUGUCUGAAACCCUGGAAACCAACACACAAAGACUACUACAACUGCUCUGCUAUGGUGAGUAAAGCAGCACGUCAGGAAAAGAAGUUCCAGGAUUAUAACGAGCGAUGCACCUUCCACCAUCAGGCCAAGGAGUUUGCGAUCAAUCUAGAAAACAAAGUAUCCUCUAUUAAUGAAGCUCUGCAGAUGAAGUCCCUGACCUUCGUCAUCGAUGCCUGUAAAAUCCUUGCUCAGGCUCGAAAGGUGCUGGCCUACUCCUGUGUGUAUAGCUACUACAACCAGGAGACAGAGAAGAUGAACGUGAUGGAGCAGCAGACGGAGGCUCUGGACCUGCACACCAAUGCCCUGCAGAUCCUGCUGGAGGAGACUCUGCUGCAGUGCACUGACCUUGCCUCGUGUGUCCGGCUGCUGAAACCAGAGCACCUGAAUACUGGACUGGAGCUGAUCCGACGUAUCCAGGAGCGGCUCCUGGCCAUCCUGCAGCAUUCCACCCAGGACUUCAGGGUAGGCUAUCAGUCCAAGAGCAACCAGGAGCCAGAAUCUACUCAGGCUUCCAACCUGUCCAACCACACUGAAGCCAACAAAGUAUCAAAGUCGGACCGAACAUCAGACUCUGGAGACUCGGACAACAAUAACCACACGGGAGAGGAAGGUGGUGAAGAGGUUGAAGAUGAGGAUGAUGAAUAUGAUGAAGAGUAUGUUCCUGAGUGGCACGAGGACUAUGACGAAGACGACAUUGAUGAGGAUGACUUUUUCUCUGACGAUGAUGAGUCUGAGAACCUGGAGAGGGACUUCAGUCCUUUUGACUGAAGCAGAAAACGAAGCCGACGAGUCAGGAUGGAGCCUCAACAACGCUAGGAGACGAUGAGGUCCUCCAGCAGCCUCUUCCCUGCUCUCCUUCCUGUUUCACCUUCUGUGUCAAUCAUCCAAAAAUGCUUUAAAGUAAAUGUUUAGUUGCCUACUUUAUGUCAAAGUGGCUUUUCAAACAAGGUUUAAGUUGUAGCUUAGAACAGAUUGAAAGAUUCACCACUCUGAUCCAACAAGUCUAACUCUGUUUCUGAAGGAAAUGUUUGUUGCUUCUGCUGCUUUUUGGAUGUUUUUGCCAAGAUGUGUAAAAAUAAAAAAUGGAUUUAUAAUUUAGACGGUUGGUCCAUCUGAGUCGGCCCUGCAUCACACUUUCUGCCUGGAUUUCUUCUUAGGGUGAAGGUUGCCUCUUGAGAAAAACCUGUCUUCAGCUGUAUCACUGCAAUAACUGACUGAUUACCUGCCCACCGCUGUGUCAUUCGUUCAGCAAAAACUGUUUCCUGUCUAUGUAACAGACACGGGGACAUGAGUUUUGGUUCAGCAGGAGUCUAGGGAUAUCUGAUGUUCCAGCUCCAUGACUUGUAAUUUUGAGAGAUCCUAUAUUCAUAUUGUUGAUGUUCUUUAAUGUUCUUUUCUUUGUUGGAGUUGUGCGACUUCGACCAGCAAACUAAAUAAAAGCUUAUUCUGCUACA